GCAGUCACAGAGCGACAAUGCCGUGGGGAGGUAAAUGAAGUGAGUAAGAGCGGAGCUGGUUUGUUCACUGAGCCUGUGAGAGCUUCCCACUGUCACAUUCGCCUGUGCGCAAUGGCACCAAGCGCUCCCCUCCUCUUACUGCGCUGGACGCGAUGACCGGAUAACUUUAAACUCUGCACAGGAUGAUGCUUUUCCUGGGUGACAUCUGAUGCAUUCUUCCUUGAAACACAGUAAGAGGACUGCCAAACAUCUCACCUCCCAUGUCAGCGGGGCAUGGCGAUGUUCAGCAGCACAGAGCAGCUCUGGAACGAAUCAGAUCGCCUGGGAUGGGAUGAGAGGAAUGAGAGUUCGGACGCAUCAAGCGAGGAUGAGCGUAACUACUACGCCAUGCUGUACUCGCUGCUCAUCCUGGCCAUCGUGUUUGGAAACGUGCUGGUGUGUAUGGCUGUGCUGAGGGAGCGUUCCCUCCAAACCACCACAAACUACCUGGUGGUCAGCCUGGCUGUGGCCGACCUGCUGGUGGCCUCACUGGUCAUGCCCUGGGCUGUGUACCUGGAGGUGGUCGGCGGUGCCUGGCUUUUCAGCCGGCUCUACUGUAACAUCUUUGUCACGCUGGAUGUGAUGAUGUGCACCGCCAGUAUCCUCAACCUGUGUGCUAUCAGCAUUGACAGGUACACAGCAGUGGUGAUGCCUGUCUUGUACAACACCACCCAUCGCUCAAGGAAGAGAGUUUUUGUGAUGAUUGCCACCGUGUGGGUCCUGGCCUUCACUGUCUCCUGUCCCCUGUUGUUUGGUUUCAACACCACAGAUGACCCCCUGGUGUGCUCCAUCUCCAAUCCCGACUUUGUGAUCUACUCUUCCGUGGUGUCCUUCUACCUGCCGUUUAUCGUCACCCUCCUCGUCUACAUCCGCAUCUACGUCUUCCUCAGGAUGAGGCGGAAGAGGAUCACCUUCGGCCAGGUCAGCGGGAAGGUGCAGCCGGGCUCGACUCCUCCGUCUGUGGAGACCUGUCUACAGGAGGAGACUCCUAAGGCAAAGCGAGACCUGUCACCUAUCAGGAUUAAAGUGCAGAGUGUGGAGCCUUCAGGCCCCUUGAAGCCCAACCUGCUGACAGGAUGCCUGUGGCGAAAACGCCCAAAGACAGGACCGGUUGAGAACUCUAUGCACCCACCGGUGGACACGCACAACUGCUGCAGCAUGAGCCACGCCUCCUGUGGCCGUACAGAGAUGGAGCUGGACCAGGAGCAUGAGCGAGGGCAGGAUCCAGGAGAGAACAUCCAGAAUGAACAGCCUACAGUCAGGAUGAACUGUGAGGUGAAGGAUCUGUCUAACGGGCGUACACACACAUCACUGCGGGCUCUCCCUCAUUCUUAUACCAGCAGCCAACGGUUCAGGAGCAUGCACGCGCGGGAGAAGAAGGCCACACAGAUGCUGGCCAUUGUUCUAGGAGUGUUUCUCAUCUGCUGGCUGCCUUUCUUUGUGACUCACAUUCUGAACACGCACUGCAGGACAUGUUACGUGCCUCCAGGGCUUUACAGUGCAUUCACCUGGCUGGGGUAUGUCAACAGUGCCCUCAACCCCAUCAUCUACACCACCUUCAAUAUCGAGUUCAGACGGGCCUUCAUCAAGAUCCAGCUGCUGAUGGAAACAGACACCAGGAGGUACCAAAGGAGAUGAGGCUGAGCUACGACCGACUUGCCAUGUAUUUAGUAAACUGUGAUCAGGGAUGUGCUCCGGUCCGGUCAAAGGAUUUAAACCUGCUUCACGUCCUCCGGGAGGGAUACAGAAACAGCUGAUUAUGCAAUAAGCACAAACUUUUUACUCCAAACCAGGCUCAAAGUAUGCUUGCUAGCUGGAUUGGGAUUACAUUUGAACAGUAUGAAACACAGUCUCUUUGAUAGCACACAGAGUUGGAUCUGCUUGUACAGUAUUUUGAGCUGCUCAUCUUCACAGUGCUUCACCCCACGUUUGCUUAGACGCUCUUUGAAGCCACAAUGGAGCUGUUAACUUGGUCAUGGAGCAGUGGGCCAUGUCGUCCUGAGACACCGCACUGUGUGGAUUAACUGAUGUUUCUCACCUCCCCCGAUCACCCGUCCUUCAUCAUCACCAUCAGUUACUCACCAGUGCAUGCACGGAGCAAAUUUCCAAGGGCACUCCCUUGAAUAUGAGGGUUCGUACUGGUCACGGCUGAGACUGGCUUCAUUCUGAUGAUCAUACAUAUUUAUGUGGAGACUCUAUUUUUAAUGUUCAUUCAAAUUAGAAAUGUGAUACUGUCGAUGUGAAGCUGAGCAGAAGCUCUCUGCGCUUUUUAAAGAGACUGAUUAUUGGCAAACACCCCCUUCCAUGAUUUAGAGCUGGCUGCUGGCAGCUCUGAUGAGGGGCUGAAAGAAGGAGCUUUGAGGUAUGAACAAAUCAAGCAGGGUUGUAAACCAUGAGCAGGUUGGUUAUGGACCGUGUUGUAAAUAAAUAAAACAGAUUAAAUGUUUUCCAGGCUUGAGAUCAUCGUUCUACACAUGAACAGAUUUAUUUAGCUCACGUAAGCAUGUGAGUGACUAAAUGUGGUGAAUCCAAGUGUUGGUGGGAUUUCUGGGAGGAACAAUGAGGAAGCUGAGCGAGCAGGAUGUUUGAAGAUUUAGAGACAAAAAGAAACAGACGCAGAACGAGGACAAAUAUGGAACGAAAAACAAGGAGGUAAAGAGGUAACGGAGAAGGAGUAAGAAGGAGUGAAGCUUUAAAGGAAAGAGAUGCUGAAAGAGCAACGAUCAAAAAUGAUGUGAUAAUCGCUGUAAAGGGGGGAAAAAGAGGGAAGAGAGAGAGGCUGUCAGUCUUCCUCAGCCUACUUCCUUAUAAACACCUGCUCAGCUGUCACUCUGCGCCGUCACGUCAAGUCAGCCUCGUUCCACUGACCAUGUAUGGAAAUGAUGCAGCAGGUGUGUGUGUAUGAAUGUAAGCUGUAAUGUGGGAUUUAAUCAUCAAUAAUUGU